CCGACAGCGACAAACAACGUGGAAGAAGCAACCAUCUGCCGGUUCCACAAACUUUCCAGUUUCUUCUACACUACAUGUAACAAAUGGUAUUUUGCCACGCUAGCAGCAAGAGAAAUCGGGUCAAUAAUAUUAGAUGCACUGUGGGAUGAGGUGCAGCAGAUUGAAACCGAGGUAGCUCGCUGUGCUCACUGCGGCAGUUGAGAACCGAGUAUCGUCGCCCACUUCCCUCUUCAAAAAGAUUGCCACUUUCACACGCUCUCUCUCCAUCUCCUUUCCUCUCUCUGAGCCCUGCAUUAAAGCCACUCACCAACUCUACCAAGUAGCAUAUUCCUAUAUUCACAGAGAGAGAGAUAGAGGAGCAACCGCUUCUUUCUUGCUGGCCAGAGAAAUACCAAAACAACUCAAUUACUUCAAACAUGCCAGGGGAUGAUAUUGAAAGAGGAGGAGUGAAAAGCAGAACAAAUAACAGCUACCCAUCACCGUCUUCCCCUUAUUUGAUUGAAGAUAAUGAAACCCAAUGGACCUCGUGGCUUGUUCCUAUGUUUGUGGUGGCCAAUGUUGCUGUCUUCAUUGUUGUCAUGUACAUCAACGAUUGUCCUAAGCAUUUUCAUUCUCGUUUCGAAGGGAAGUGUGUUGCAAGGUUUCUUGGGAGAUUCUCUUUCGAACCCUUGAGAGACAAUCCUCUCUUUGGUCCCUCUUCUGCUACAUUGAAGAAGUUGGGAGCUCUUGAGUGGGAAAAUGUUGUGCAUAAGCACCAGGGAUGGAGGCUUGUUACAUGUGUUUGGUUGCAUGCGGGUAUUAUCCACCUUCUCGCAAACAUGCUGUGCUUGGUCUUCAUUGGUAUUCGCCUCGAGCAGCAAUUUGGUUUUGUCCGCAUUGGUAUUAUUUAUCUAUUUUCUGGAUUUGCUGGGAGUGUGCUUUCCUCUCUAUUUAUUAGAAACAGCAUCUCUGUUGGUGCCUCUGGUGCACUUUUUGGGCUUCUAGGGGCAAUGCUUUCCGAACUAAUUACAAACUGGGCUAUUUAUACUAACAAGGCUGCAGCACUGUCUACACUUCUCUUCAUCAUAGCCAUCAACCUUGCUAUUGGAAUUCUGCCGCAUGUUGAUAAUUUUGCUCACAUUGGUGGAUUUCUUGCGGGGUUCCUUCUUGGCUUUAUUUUGCUACCUCGUCCUCGAUAUGGGUGGUUAGAGCGUCAAAAUCUCCCUGCCAAUGUUAGAGUCAAAUCAAAGUACAAGGCCUACCAAUACGCGUUAUGGCUGGUUUCUCUGGUUCUCCUAAUUGCAGGAUUCACAGUUGCACUGGUGAUGCUGUUCCGCGGAGAGAAUGGGAAUGAUCGUUGCAGUUGGUGUCACUACAUGAGCUGUGUACCCACCUCCAGAUGGGACUGUGAUGAAAACCAGCUGUAGUUGAUAAUGGAACUCAUGAUUGAUGUGUUAUCAGACUCCUAUUGUAAAUGCUUAGCCGUAGCUUUGGAUCCCUCACUGGGUUUUUGCUUGUUUGCUUUCUUUUAACAUGGAAAACUAUUUGCUUGUAAUUAAUUUUCAGUGUCUGAUUUUUGGCCAUUCAAUAUAUAGAAUUCUUAUCUGUAAAUCUAUAUUAA